AUGGAACAUAUAGGGGGGCAAGUUGCACACCCCCAACACGAACCUAUCAGUUUCGGAAUAGACCAGAUCUUGAACAAUCCGGAUCAAGGGAGCUGCAUGAUCCCGAAUUCCCGGCUGCAGGAUAUGGACUAUAGCCUGGGCUGUAUGGUGAGUGGGAAUUACAGCAACAUGAAUUACACCGUCAAUUACAACAGCAACGGCAGCGGAGGCGGCUAUAAUAACGCAUGCAGCUUGGCGCCACUGACGGGCCCAUACGGGGUUAACCUGGGCAUGAACAACAGCAGUUUAAACCCGGCGGGAGUCAUCAGGGUGCCGGCCCAUCGGCCCGUCAGCACUGGGGUGCACCAACCCCUGUCCACUGGAGUGACGACCGCCCCCAGCUCCAACAACAACCUGACAAACCUGACAUUCCCCUGGAUGGAAAGUAACAGAAGGUACACCAAGGAUAGAUUCACAGUGGCCCUGUCGCCUUUCACCGUGACCCGCCGGAUAGGGCACCCUUAUCAGAACAGAACUCCACCGAAAAAGAAGAAGCCCCGUACUUCCUUUACCCGACUCCAGAUCUGCGAGUUGGAGAAGCGGUUUCACCGCCAGAAAUACCUGGCCUCAGCCGAGAGAGCAGCGUUAGCCAAAGCUUUGAAAAUGACCGACGCUCAAGUCAAAACGUGGUUUCAGAACCGGCGGACCAAGUGGAGGCGACAGACAGCGGAGGAGAGAGAAGCGGAGCGCCAGCAAGCGAACCGAAUCCUGAUGCAACUGCAGCAAGAAGCUUUCCAAAAAUCCCUCAACCAGCCCAUUCAGCCUGACCCCAUCUGCCUGCACAACUCCUCGCUGUACGCCCUGCAGAACCUGCAGCCCUGGUCGGAUGAGACGUCUAAGAUUGCCUCGGUUACCUCCGUGGCUUCUGCCUGCGAGUAA